CAGGGAUCACCUGUGCUCCAUAGACCAUAAGGGCCGAAAUGCUAAAAUUCCGUCUGAAGUUAGUGUUAUUAUCCGUUAUCCGGUUAUCGUGAUGUAGUCGCGCACAGUCUCGGUCUCGGACAGGGCCGAAUCCUGGCCGUCACCUUCCGCAACAUGAACCAAUCUACAUUAUAAAUACCUACCGUACUCUGCCUCGAUUUAUCUUGAGUCAUGGGUGUGAUUGUGCCUGCAUGAUUUCUUAAUAACAUGCCCAUAGCGCUUUCGGCAACCACCUAAUCAAACCUCAUCAGGGUCCCCUGGUUCCCUCCACAACCAUGGCCAAAUCCGACGCAGAGAUAAGAAAGCGUAUCAUCACCCACAUGAACAAAGACCACUACGACAGCAUCAUCCGCUACGUCCAACACUACGCCCACUGCUCGCCCUUCCACGCCCGCAACGCCACCCUCACCGACAUCACCACCACCCACCUCACCAUCCAAUGCGGCACGCACACCUACCCGAUCCCGCUCACCCCUCCGCUCGGCUCCCUCUCCGAGGCGCGCCCCCGUCUCGUCGCCAUGAACCGCACCGCCACCGACCACCUCGGCCACUCCGCCGUCACCGUCAAGCAGUGGGUCCCGCCGCUGGGGGUCUACGCUGCGACGUUCCUGAUGUGCGUGCUGGGGUUUUUCGUGCUGUCGCGGGACGCGCACAUGGCGCCGGGGAGCUGGGCGUAUGAGUAUGGGUUGAAAUAUGGGGGGGAUGCGUUCACGGGGUGGUUGAGGCGGUAUCGGGGGGUGGGAUUCGGGUUGAUGUUGGCGAUUCAUGCGACGGAGGCGAUGGUGAUGGCGAGGGGGAAAAUGGUGAGGCAUGCGGUGCCGGUGGGGAGCGGGUUGUGGUGGAAGUGGGUGGGGGGGACGUUUGUGGAUGGGGUGUGUAGCUUUCACAGGUUUGAUGCGCUGGUGGCGCGGAGAGAAAAAGAGAUGGGGAAGAAGGGGCAUUUGGUAGGCGGGGUGGAGAGCGGAAGGAGUUAG